UGGAACAGAAGCAGCAUCUGCUCUGUGUAUCCUCUCUGAGAAGAUGAAGCUCCUCCUCCUCCUGCUGCUGACUUUUCUUCUGUCUCAUGAGACUGGAGCUGAUGAGAUCAUUGGGGGUGAAGAAUCAAGGCCCCAUUCUCGUCCUUACAUGGCUUUUCUGAAAAUCAAACAUCAUGGUACCCUGUACAACUGUGGUGGAUUUCUGAUUCGCAGGGAUUUUGUGAUGACAGCAGCCCAUUGUGCAGGAAAGUCCAUCACAGUCAUCCUUGGAGCACAUAACAUCACAAAGACAGAAGAGACUUGGCAGACCAUUAAUGUUAAGCAUCAAUUUCCUCACCCUGAAUAUAAUCCCAGAAGAAUUCUCAAUGACAUCAUGUUACUAAAGCUGGAAGAGAAAGCCAAACUAACGAUGGCAGUGGGGACUCUCCCCCUGCCCUCAAGAAUCAAUUCUGUCUUACCUGGGAAAGUAUGUCGAGCAACUGGCUGGGGAAAGACAGGAGUAAUGGCCCCAGCAUCAGACACUUUACAGGAGGUGAAAGUGAGACUAAUGAAUCCCAUAAACUGCAAACACUUUCCAUCUUUUGAUGAGAAAUUUCAGUUGUGUGUAGGGAAUCCCAAGUCACCUAAAUCACCAUUCAAAGGAGAUUCUGGAGGACCCCUCAUUUGUUCUGGUGUGGCCCAAGGAAUUGUCUCCUAUGGACGAACUGAUGCAACACCACCUUGCAUCUUCACACGAAUUUCACAUUACCGUCCCUGGAUCAAUCAAAUACUAAAAGCAAAUUAGCUCUGUGGCCCUGGCUCAGCAAAAAGGAAUCUCCCUCCUAGGGCCCAGCCUCCUCUCUAUCCCCCUCACACUAAGACAGUCCCUGUGUCUGCCCAGCUUCAUCCCAGAGUCUAAGAUACAUGGAGGAGAGGAGGAGUUGAAGAAUAUGAAGAGUUACUCUGGAUAUUGAACUGAAGGUUGACUCUGAUUGCAAUAAAUCUAAGCAUCCAGG